CACCACCGGCUACCGCAUCAUCUCUUCCCACAGCCACGAUCCAGUACCGGUAGCAUCUUCAAACCGCUCUCAAUCGCUAUUUUUUUGGGGUCAAAUCAAAUUGGUUUCACAAAGGCUGUUGAUUCUGAGUUGGUGAAGGCUAUCAGGGUCAUUCACAGCAGCUCGAGCACUGCUGCGGUCAGCGGAGCCUCGCCGGAGGACCACUUCCGGCAACCAACAGCUGAGGAAUCAUCGUCGUCAAUGAGUGAGGCAUUUCCCUUCUCCUCUGGAAACCCAAGGAUCGAAGAGACACGCGGCGUCAUGCACCUCUUCUCCAACGAUGCUGUUUCAGAUCUCCCUGUCGGAAGGAAACCUCUUGUGGCGGUGAUUGGAGUGCCAAACCACAUGACUUAUGCUGAUUUCUGCCAGUUUUGUGCUUCUUUUAUUCACCACAUUUUGGAGAUGCGAAUUGUUAGGUUAGAUGGAAUGGAGGAUCGGUAUAGUAUCCUUAUAAGAUUUGACACUCAAGACUCUACUGAUAAAUUCUACCUUCAUUUUAACGGUAGACAAUUUAAUUCUUUGGAGGAAGAAGUCUGCAGGGUGCUUUUCACAGUUGAUGUCCAGUUCACUGGUUACUUUGGUUCGCUCGAACACACUCAGCCUUCUCCGACAAGCACAACUGAGCAGCCAUCAUGUCCAGUUUGUCUUGGUAAUGCUACAGUUGGAGAGGUUUGCCGAUAUUGCCAGCAACAACCUGAAAAAUCAAUUUGUAUUGUCUGUCAAACCUCUGAGAAUCUAUGGAUUUGUGUUUUAUGUGGUUUUGUUGGCUGUGGCAGGUAUAAAGGAGGACAUGCUAUACGACAUUGGAAAGAAACACAACACUGCUAUUUUCUUGAAUUGGACACACAGCGUGUUUGGGAUUAUGUUGGUGACAAUUACGUUCACCGGCUGAUUCAAUCAAAAACUGAUGGGAAGUUGGUUGAAUUGAAUUCCCACUGCGUGCAUGCUUAUGAUGGUUGUGGAGGUUGUGACUGUGCGGAAUCUGGAGUUAGUGAGGCUCUUUUGAACAGCAAAGUUGAAGCAAUUGUCAACGAGUACAAUGAACUCCUUGCCACCCAACUCGAGAACCAAAAACUUUAUUUUGAGACUUUGCUGGAAGAAGUCAAAGAAGAAACUGAAAGGGAAAUUUCUGAAGCUGUUAAGAAGGCUAUUGCUCAAAAACUGCAUAAGUUGCAGAACAAGCUGGAUAGAUGUACAAAAGAGAAGAAAUUUAUUGAUGAUCUCAAUGAGAAUCUAGUGAAAAAUCAGGAGAUAUGGAAAGCAAAGCUAUCGGAAAUUGAAGAGAGAAAGUUGAAAACUAUGAACAACUAUGGCCUUGCUGUAGUCCAUGCUCCAUUUCCUAUAUUUGUUUUUGUUGCCAAUGUACAUAUUGAAAACAUCUCGAAUUCUUGUAAUCCUAUUGAACUCGACUUAGGUGGUAUUACCUUCAAUUUUUUUUCCAGGGAGAAAAUGGCUUUGAAAACAAAGGAUGAUAAAAUUCAGGACUUGGAACAACAGCUCAGGGAUUUAAUGGUGUCCCUGGAAGCGGGGAAGAUGGCGGAGCAGCUAUCCGAAUCCGAUAAACUUAAGGAUGGAACUGUGUUACCAAUAUCUGUCGGAUCGUCUUCAGGAAAGAGUCCCAAGGGGAGCAAAAAGGCUAAUAACCGGAGAAAAAGCUGA